GAGCAGGACCCGGCGGGCGCGCUCCCCCAGCCUCUCUCCCCGCCAGAACCAUGUCGGGCAGGUCGGUUCGAGCCGAGACCAGGAGCCGGGCCAAAGAUGAUAUCAAGAGGGUCAUGGCGGCUAUCGAGAAAGUGCGCAAAUGGCCUCCCCUUCCCCUGCUCCUGCAGAAAAAGCCAGCAACCAGCAAUGGCCUCCCUGUCUGUAGCUGCUGGCUGCUUUUCCUCCUGUCCGGUGUCCCAGGAAGGCAGGCUGCUGGAGUGCGAGGCAGAAGAUGGCAGAAGGAAAAGCAAAAUGGAGCCCAGUCUGUUGUGAUGAGGGGAAGUUCAUAGCGGAAAGCCUGGAUUCUGUCCUUCCGAGUUCAGAGGUGGCCUGCAGACAGAGCCAAAGAGCCCUGAGGCGGUGCGGGCACUGGGAUGCUCCCUACAAGGGAGAAGAAGUGGGUGACCGUUGGUGACACAUCCCUACGAAUAUAUAAGUGGGUCCCAGUGACGGAGCCAAAGGUUGACGACAAAAGCAAGAAUAAGAAGAAAGGCAAAGACGAGAAGUGUGGCUCGGAGGUCACCACACCGGAGAACAGCUCCUCCCCUGGGAUGAUGGACAUGCACGACGAUAACAGCAACCAGAGCUCCAUAGCAGACGCCUCCCCCAUCAAACAGGAGAACAGCAGCAACUCCAGCCCUGCCCCAGAGCCCAACUCAGCCAUGCCCAGCGACAGCACAGACGCCAAAGUGGAUGAGGCACAGGCAGAUGGGAAGGAGCACCCCGGGGCUGAAGACGCGUCUGAUGAGCAGAACUCACAGUCUUCGAUGGAAAACUCAAUGAACAGUUCAGAGAAAGUAGAACGGCAGCCAUCUGCAGAGUCGGGGCUGGCUGCAGAGAUGUCCACAAUCUCUCAGGAUUUGGAAGGAGUGCCACCCUCUAAAAAGAUGAAGCUGGAGGCCUCUCACCAGAACCCCGAGGAGAUGUAGGCUCCGAGCUCCGUCCUCCGGUCCGUGUUCUGCGGCAGGCGCAUCAGCAGGCUUAUUCUACAAAAGUGCUGCCCAGCAAUUCUCUUGGGCGCGAACAGGACUACUAACGUUUCAAGUUUACCAAGUGCAAAUCCAAGAAGACCCAGAACGGUGAAACUUCUCAGACACUGAAGAACUCUGCUGCGAAGCGAGCACUCGAACCCAGAGGCGGCUGUCCUGGGAGGCGGCCGGCCGCUCAGGAGCGUCCACACUGUCUCGGAAGCCAAGAUUACGUUUGUGUUGCUGCUGUUUCCCCCACUUCUCUAUUUAACGAUAUAAGCUAUUCGAGGGUGGUACCCAUCAGGAAUUCGCUUUUUGUCGGGGGCUUUUCACUCUUCUACCAAUUCCUUCCGCUUUCUUUUUUUGUGCCUUGUGCCCUUGAGGUGACCUCUGGCAUGUUUCCUGGUUGUUUUGUGUCUCCCUUUACGAAGUGCCCUCUCGGUCCAGCUGAGGCAGCGACCACCACCUUCCUUGCCCCUGUCCUCCCUGCCCAGGACUGCUGUGGAGGAGGUGGGCUGGAGCUGCAGGACAGUAGACACUCCUCAGCUGACCCAGUUUCGGGAGGGGGGACUUGGGCACACCCUGAGUGUGGGCUUGGCACCAGCCUCCAGGACCCCUGGAGUCACAGGUGCCAGGGCCCAGUCCUCAAGGGCUGGCCUCCUCGCGUUCAGGCUACGCCCUCACCUCCUGGAGGGGGCCUCGAGAACGGGGCGUUUCCAAGCUCCCAGAAGCCCAGAUGAACAUGCAAAGCCCUUAGAUUUUUCUGGCACUUCCAUGUCUUGCCCCCACCGUCUCCACCACCUCCAUCACUGCUUUCUCCUGGACCUCCGAAGACGAAGUGGCUUCUCUGGCUGACUGUGUGUUUGUCUCCUUAAGACAACAGCAGGACCAGGAGGUGGGAGCAGGCAGCAGGGAUAGCUGGUGCUGAACUUUCUCACAGGACGUUGCUUGGAUUUCAAAUCCACAGAAACCUGCUGCCCUCUGAACCCCAUCCCCCCAGAGCCUUGGGCCUCCCCCGGCCCCCAGAGGCAAGAUUGCAAUCGGAGGAAACCCACUGGCUUCUGGGAAAUGUUCUGACUCUCAGAGCUGACAGUUGGAUUGAAUCUCAUUCCCAGGACCUGCCGUGGUCUCCGCCAGGGAUCCGGCCUUGACGGUUGGGCCUUAAAGGCCAGAAACAAGGCACCAAGGAAUUGGAAAGAUUUGCACAGCCUCCAGAAAGGAGCGACUGAAUUUCCCCUUCCCGUGCCCGGCCUGCGCUGGGACAGUCCUCUCCAAGUGGAGAUGCCCUGGAUGAACUGCCUAGCUAUUGAGUUUGGAGGCCUGGUUCGCUCCUAGUUCACACACGGCCCCUGGGACCCUAACCCUUUGCCUAAGCUUUCUUUACUGCACUGGAGUUCUGACUCCCUUUGAGUUGUGUGUUAUGGGGGGCGGGAGGGGGACUUUGGGUUUUGUUGGGGAUUUUUGUUUUUGUUUUUGUUUUGGCUAAUUGGUGCAUAUUCAGGUACCACUUGACACGUGGCUCUUUCUCCCGACCACCAUGGGAAGUGUCUGCCAGGUUCCAUUUUCUAAGAGUUUCUGAGGGUGAAGCUCCUAUUUUUUUUUUUUUAAGGGAGCCUAUUUCCUGCACUUCAAGAAGAAUCAAAAUGUUCCUGAAUUUCAAAUACCUCAUGCAAAAUGUCUCCUGAAAUAAGGGAAGAAAAAAAAAAAACUGAAAAUCUUAAUGUUGAAGUUAGCAAUGCCGAAAGGUUCUGUCUUAAAAAAAAAAAAAAUCCUGUACUUAUCAAUUUUGCCC